GCGGCGGCGGCGGCGGCGGCAGUGCAGCCGAGCGGGGCUGGAACCGCCCCCCUGGAGCUCCCCGGCCAGCAACCUAGGAGGAUGCCCUGGAGGUCCAGCUAGGGCCUGACUUCGGCCCCAUGCGGCUCACGCGCUGCCAGGCUGCCCUGGCGGCCGCCAUCACCCUUAACCUCCUGGUCCUCUUCUACGUCUCGUGGCUGCAGCAGCAGCCCAGGAACUUCCGGGCCCGGGGGCCCCGCCGUGGAUCUGCCACCGGCCCCCGCGUCACCAUCCUGGUGCGGGAGUUCGAGGCCUUCGACAACGCGGUGCCCGAGCUGGUGGACUCGUUCCUGCAGCAGGACCCAGGCCAGCCGGUGGUGGUGGCAGCCGACACGCUCCCCUACCCGCCCCUGGCCCUGCCGCGCAUCCCCAACGUUCGCCUGGCGCUGCUCCAGCCCGCGUUGGACCGGCCGGCCGCGGCCUCGCGCCCCGAGACCUACGUGGCCACCGAGUUCGUGGCGCUGGUGCCCGACGGGGCGAGGGCCGACGCACCGGGCCAGCUGGAGCGCAUGGUGGAGAUGCUCCGGGCGGGAGGCGCACGCCUGGUGGCCGCCCCGGUCGCCUCGGCCAACCCUGCCCGGUGCCUGGCCCUGAACGUCAGCCUGCGGGAGUGGACGGCCCGCUACGGCCCGGCCCCCGCCGCGCCCCGCUGCGACGCCCUGGACGGGGAUGCCGUGGUGCUGCUGCGCGCCCGCGACCUCUUCAACCUCUCGGCUCCCCUGGCGCGGCCGGUGAGCACGGGCCUCUUCCUGCAGACCGCCCUGCGCGGCUGGCCGGUGCAGCUGCUGGACGUGCCCUUCCCGGCGGCGCGCCAGCCCCCGCUGGCCACGGCCCACGCGCGCUGGAAGGCGGAGCGCGAGGCGCGCGCGCGGCGGGCGGCUCUGCUGCGGGCGCUGGGCAUCCGCCUGGUGCGCUGGGAGGGCGGGCGGCUCGAGUGGUUCGGCUGCAGCAAGGAGACCCCGCGCUGCUUCGGGACGGUGGUGGGCGACACGCCGGCCUACCUGUACGAGGAGCGCUGGACGCCCCCGUGCUGCCUGCGUGCGCUCCGGGAGACCGCGCGCUACGUGGUGGGCGUGCUGGAGGCGGCGGGCGUGCGCUACUGGCUGGAGGGCGGCUCGCUGCUGGGGGCGGCCCGCCACGGCGACAUCAUCCCGUGGGACUACGACGUGGACCUGGGCAUCUACCUGGAGGACGUGGGCAACUGCGAGCAGCUGCGGGGCGCCGAGGCGGGCUCGGUGGUGGAUGAGCGCGGCUUCGUGUGGGAGAAGGCGGUGGAGGGCGACUUCUUCCGCGUGCAGUACAGCGAGAGCAACCACCUGCACGUGGACCUGUGGCCCUUCUACCCCCGCAACGGGGUCAUGACUAAGGACACGUGGCUGGACCACCGGCAGGACGUCGAGUUCCCCGAACACUUCCUGCAGCCUCUCGUGCCCCUGCCCUUUGCCGGCUUCGUGGCGCAGGCGCCCAACAACUACCGCCGCUUCCUGGAGCUCAAGUUCGGCCCCGGGGUCAUCGAGAACCCCGAGUACCCCAACCCCGCGCUCCUGAGUCUGGCAGGAGGCGGCUGAAGCCCUGCCCCCCGCGCCCGCGCUCAGGGGAACAUUCGGGCACGGGGAGCUGUCCUUUGUCUCGGUGCCGCCGGCGCUUGAUGGGCGGCGCAGGGAUGCCAGGCCGCCCUGCAGGGCCCAGCACAGUCCGGACAUCAGAGACGUGCCCUACUCAAGAUUUCCAAGAACCCGGGCUCCCGGGCUGGGACAGAGUUUUGGAAAGAGAGAGAGAAAGAGUGUAGGUUCUGGGGCCCUCCUGUCGCGAAUGAGACCCCGGCUCUCCCACUUACUAGGUACCUGGGCCUGGGCGAGGGUCCCAGUUUCUCUGUGCCUCAGUUUCCUCCAGGAUUCAGUGAGUACCCUCCGUGUCUGGCGCGGAACGAGCCUCAGGACACCUGGCUGCUGGGGUCGCUUGUGCCACUAGAGGCCGCCCUUGUGCUACCGUGGGGACCUGCGUUCCGUCGCUGCCGCGUCUGGAGCCCUUGGUGGCCCGGGACAGGGUGACGAUCUCCUUGAUCUGCCUUCUGCCAGUUCUUCCAGAACGCGGCCUCCCCCCGUCAUGGGAGAGCUGCGGGGUGCAUGCUGCGCUUAACCCCAUCUUGCCCGGGAGGAAAGAGGCUCGGAGCUCUGCGGUGCUGCUGGGGAGAAGAACCGAGUUGGGAUCCCGGCUCCGCUCCUUGGCUGUGUGACCUCGUUAUUUUAGCUCUCUGCACCCGUUUCCCCAUUUGCAAGGCGGGGUACCCCAUAACCAUAGCUCACGUUUACUGAGCACCGACUGUAUACCAUUCGUCCUUCUCAGUGUUUCACACGGAUUAACCGAUCCCACACCUCGACCCUCCAAGGGGAGGGGCUGCUCUUAUUUGCAUUUUGCUGGUGAGGAAACUGAGGCCAGCAUGGUGAAGUCGCUUGCUGAAGGUCAGACAGCUUAGGAAGUGGCAGCGUGGGGGCUUGAACCCCGGGUGGCCGUGGAGCCCACAUGAAGCCGCCCAGUCUGCCCCUGUCUAGUAAGGGUAGGGGACAGGGGCCUCCGGGACCAGGGCGGGCAGCCUUCCUAGUGUAGUCAUGCACCUGAGAGUAAAUAGCCUUUGGGCAUGAGCCCUCAGGAUGUGUGUUUAUUUAUAAAUUAUAUCCAGGUACUACUGUCAUUCUGUAUAUUAGUAAUAAGGCUUAAAUUAUUCCAUUUUUAAAAUAAAGAUAAAUAGGGUUUUGUCUGCUUGCCUCGUCCCAGUGGCUUGUCCUGCACAGCCCCCCCUCCAUAGUGGGCGGGGCCUGGGGUCAGACCCCAGCGCUGCCGCCUCCUCCGCUGUGGGCGGGGGCCACCGUGACUCUCCUCUGCACCCCUGCUUCCAACCUGGGAAAUGGAGGUGGUGGUGGCCCUCACCCCGCAGGCUGCUGGGAGGCGCUUGAGUGGUGAAGGGGUCCGAGUCAGGGCUGGGUUUGGCUCCUGGCUUGGCCGCUUACUUUCUUUGUGACCUUAGGCAAGUGGCUGCCUCUCUGAACCUCUAGAUUGAGGCUGGGGGUGGGGUGGUGAUAUUGCAAAAGGGUAAAACCCUCAUGGGGAGGGGCCUUCACAGGCCAGCGAGACAAGAAAGAAGAGAACUUAGCCCAAUUUCCUGAGACUCAGACAUCCACAGCCAGACCUCAUAACCCAGCCUCUGUUUUUAACCACUGGACCCGCAAAUGGCUCACAAAGAGACUGUUGUUGGCUUCCCAUGGAACAUUCUGGAAGCAUAUAGGGACAAUUUGGCUUAUCGCUGUGAUCGGGCGGUGCUUCUGGCUCUUGGAAGGCGUGGCCCAGGGAUGGAGAUGUCUUAUGCCAUAUGCCACGUUGCUUGUCACAUACAGUUUUAAAAUGUCCCAUCAGACAUUCACGAAGGACAGAUGAUGUCCAAAAUAUUUUGCAACUGGUAAAGUCAUAGAAAUUAACAGAAUCACUAUAGGCAUCAAAUUUUUAAAAUAUCUUUUUUCUCUAAAUAAUCAAGAUGACCUAUCUUGAUAUACCUAUUUCUUUAAAUUGUUUGCCAAGAACAGAAGUUGAAGCUCAAAUCAUUUUCAAAUUAUCGUCAUGUUUUUAUUUAGAAAUUGUGUGAUUUCUUGAGUGACACAGCUGUAUAUAUGUAUGUGUGUAUAUAUAUAAACAUAAAAUAACCUAUGAUAUAUUUAUUUAUUUAUUUAAAAUAACUCUGCCUGAGCUGUGAUUUGAUAAGAGAACCACAUCCAGUGCUUCUAGCAACUUCCCAUUAACUUGAGAACCAGUGGGUGACGUGGGAUCUCAACAGAUAACUCAUCUAAGCAUCAACCACAGUUCUGUUUUCUCCUCUCUUCGCUGUUCUAAACUGACAGCAAUUACAUUAAAACUUUCCUAGCCCUUGUAA